AUGGCCACCCUUGUCGGCUUCCAGUCUCACGAAUGUCAAAUUGCGGAUGAGAAAUCUCAUGGUAGCAGCGAAUAUCAGAUAACUAAGUUGAAACAUCGUCCAGUCAUCGAGCAAAGGAGCAACCAGAAGCUUCUUGCGAUUAGUGCAUUUGCUGAAGUUUACCUCCUUGACGGUAAAACCAUCAGAAAAGCGCCUCGCAGCCAAGGCGAAGAUGAUAUGGAAUCCAUCAUACGUGAGGCGACUAUCUACAACAUGAUUGACGAUCAUCCUCGUAUUGCCCAGUGCACUUCCCGAGGAAGGACCGAUUUCGUUGACGUCAAGUACUAUCCGAAAGGCGAUGUCUCUGAAUUUUGUCAGAAGAAUGAGGUUUCUGCUGAGCUUCAAUCAAAGUGGUUCCGACAACUUAUUGAGGCAGUGGAAGUUAUCCAUCGCUAUGGAGUGAUCUACUCAGACCUUGCCUUGCGCCAGUUCUUCGUCGAUGAUGAAUUAAAUAUACGCCUAGGUGAUUUCAACUCAUCCCAGUAUCCCGAGCACCCUGCCCUUGGGUAUGAGAAGGCAACCCAUUGUUUGCCAAGGGACUACGCACAACCGAACACGGUACUAUCCGAUCUUUUCGGUCUGGGCUCUACUUUGUUUGAACUUGUCACUGGGAAGGCCCCAUAUGCCGAACUCUAUCCUGCUGAGUUUCGGGACAUUGCUCCAUCUGAUAUCCAAAUCCUUACGCGAGCACAGCAGCGACGUGCCGCAGAUGCGGAAGUCGAAAAACGGUUUCGGAAUUUGCAAUUUCCUGAUGUAUCUCAUAUUUUUCAGGGUGAUAUUAUUCUGGGUUGUUGGAGCGGCAGAUUUUCUUCGGUGGAAGAGGUGCUCCGGUGGAGCACAAGUAUAUAUUGA